AGCUCACACCCUGCGUAACCCUCGACACACAACCAUAAACCAUCACAUUACAUCACAACACGCCUCGGUUCAGCAGUCAGAUCAGCUUUACAGUGUGUGAAAUCACACUCUCCAACUCUUCAGAGCUGAUCGGAGAUUUAUUUCACCCCAAAAAAUCAAAACAAACCGCGGACACUUCUGAAAAGUGGACAUACACUAGAAACACAGUCGGCGAUUCCUGAAGCUACAAGUCUCAGGUGAACUGCAGACACACCCACAUCACACACACACUGAAGAACCGGUUUUGUUCAGGUUUUUCCUCACACACUCGUCACAAUCCAGCAAAGAAGAGAAACGACAACAGCUUCAGCAUGCAGUGUCCUCAGUCCCCGGGGCGGAUGCUGUCUGAGGAGCAGUUCUCGUGCUCCAUCUGUCUGGAGGUGUUUGUGGAGCCCGUCUCCACGCCCUGCGGUCACACCUUCUGUAAAGCCUGUCUCGAGGGCUUCUGGAACCACAGCAAGCGCUUCCUCUGCCCCAUGUGCAAGAAAACCUUCUCCAGGAAGCCCGAGCUCAGCGUCAACUGUGUGCUAGCGGAGAUCGCCGAGCAGUUCCAGGGUCUGUCUACGGUGUCCCGCGGUGCCGAGCGCUCCGGUGCUGAGUUCGGGAGUUCACCACAGAAAGACGACGAUCCGGGAGACUUCGCUAAAGCCGGAGACGUGCCCUGCGACGCCUGCAUCGGGCGCAAGAUGAAGGCGCUGAAGUCGUGUCUGAGCUGCCCGGGCUCUUUCUGCGAGGCUCACCUGCGGCACCACAAGAAGCUGAAGAGCAUGAGCUCACACAAGCUGCUGGAGCCCAUACACAACCUGGAGGACAAGAUGUGCAAAACACACAAGCGGCUGCUGGACGCCUACUGCCGCAACGAGCACGCGUGUGUGUGUAAGGAGUGCGCAGAGUCAUCACACAAAGGCCACGACGUCGUCUCCACCGAGCGAGAGUGGAAGAAGAAAACGAGUCAGCUGGGAAAGAAAAGGUCAGAAUUAAAGCAUCUGAUCAAGGAGAGAGAGAAGAAACUGGACGAGAUCAAGCAGUCCAUCCGAGUCAUCAAGGAGAGCAGUCAGCGGGAGAUGGAGGAGAGCUGGGCUGUGUUCGCGGAUCUGCAGCGGCUGCUGGAGCAGUCUCAGGCCGAGCUGCUGGAGCUCAUCGCCAGCCGGCAGAAACAAAGCGAGCAGCAGGCCAAAGAUCUGGCGGCCGGUUUGGAGCUGGAGCUCAACACACUGAGGAAGAGGAGCAGCGAGCUGGACGCCCUCGCCCAGACGCAGGACAGGGUGCUCUUCCUGCAGUUCCUGCCAUCUCUGCCUCCGCCCCCUGAGCCGUCUGAUUGGUCAGCGGUUUCCAUCAACACAGACCUGUAUCUCAGCACCAUCCGGAAAGCAGUCGGCUCUCUGACCGACAAAUUCCAGCAUGAGGUCAAACGGCUUUAUGCCAAAGAACUCAGGAAGCUGCAGAACUAUGCAAGUGAGCUGAUUUUGGAUCCUGCCACGGCUCAGCGUGAUCUCUGUCUGUCUGAAGAUGGGAAGCAAGUGCGCUAUGAAGAGCAGCGUAAAAACUCCAGCAACUCCGACACACCGCGGCGCUUCAGUCCAGCUCUGUUCGUUCUGGCUCGUGAGGGUUUCUCCUCCGGCAGACACUACUGGGAGGUGGAUGUUGGACACAAGACAGCCUGGACCGUGGGGUUGGCCCGAAGCUCGGCGAGACGCAAGGGAGAAAUCCGACUCAACCCUGAAGGUGGAUUCUGGUGUUUGUGGCUGAAAAACGGAGAAGUGAAAGCGCUGACGGGAAGCAGAGUGGCGCUCCAUCUGACCUCGCUCCCCCAGAAACUCGGCAUCUUUCUGGAUUAUGAAGCCGGUCAGGUGUCCUUCUACGAUGUGAAGACGCACACUCACCUGUACACAUUCAUCGAUGCGUUCACUGAGAGCGUUUAUCCCAUAUUCAGCCCCUGCCUCAACCAGGACGGCAAGAAUCCCGGACCGCUGGUCAUCACCGCCGUCAAACACAGCUGAGUUUCGGGAAAUAUCGUAAUGUUACUGGACUUUACAAAUGCAUCGGUAAAAUAUUUAGACAUUUAUGAUGAAGAAGAGUGUGAUAUUAAAACACCAUCUAGAGUAAAAAUACGAGAUCAAAUUUACACCAAAAGUAUCAAAUCGUGUAUCUAAAAAUAAGCGCAAAUCAAAAUAUUUAAAACACAUUAAAAAAGUUAAAAAAAAGUAUCAAAUCAUGUAUCUAAAAAUAAUAAGCGCAAAUCAAAAUAUUUAAAAAGCAUAAAAAUUGUAAAAAGUAUCAAAUCGUGGAUAGAAAAAUAAUAAGCGCAAAUCAAAAUAUUUAAAACGCGUUAAAAUAAUAAAAAAGUAUCAAAUCGUGUAUCGAAAAAUAAUUAGCGCAAAUCAAAAUAUUUAAAAAGCAUAAAAAUUGUAAAAA